AAAAGAAUGGGCGCUAUUUAAGCUUAUGUGAAUUAUAAUACAGGAUUGAGUUUCUCCUAAGAUUUAAAUGCUUAAAUUGAAUGCUGUGGAACAACUUAUCUUUCAGCAUUUGGUAAUAUCCAGUUGUGGAAAAUAAAGAAUGACACUUCUCUUGAACUCUUUUCUUUUGUAAUAGAUAUAAAUUAUCUAAGACAAGACAUGUAUAUUAUUAAGAUUCCACAUUAUUAAAAAUACAUUCAAAGAGAACUUCAUUGUAGCAUCCUAAUAUAUUAAAAUAUUAUGCUUGUACUUAAGAUUCUCCUUUACUUGGCGGAAAUGUAGAAACUUUAUAAUUUUUCUUUGAAUAUAUUCCCAAAACCCUUUCUCAAAAUAUAUGUGCAAGAUCUGAAACAUUUAGAGAAAUAGAAGUUUGGAAAGUAAUUUAUAAAAUUGUUAUGAACUAGUCACUUGAAUAAUUAGUAAGUGUUUUAAAAUACUUGUAAGAAAAUGAAUGUUCUCAUGGAAAAAUCACAUCAGACAAUAUCUUCAUUACUUCAGACUAAACUUUAAAGACUUUAGAUUAAAUUACAAUACAAUAAAAUUCGUAAUAAAUAAAGCAAGAUGUUUUUGAUUUAGCUUAAGUAAUAGUGGAACUAAUGACUAAAAAAAGUAAUCUAAAUGAAUAAUUAUAGAAUUCCAUGUAAGUUUAAAAGAAACAGUAAUUUCUUUAAUGGGUGAUUAUUCUUAAUAACUUCUAUAAUUAUUAGCUAGAAUGCUUAAUAAUACCCCAGAAAAAAGACCAGAUUUUAUAGAAUUAUCAUAAAUUCUGUAGAGCAGAAAACAUAGAUCUACAAGUGUAGAAUAAGAAGUGAUUGUUUCACCUUAAAGGAUAAAAUAGAAAGAAAAAUAGAAUAACUAAUCUUAAAAUUAAUUGGGAAAUAAAAAAAUAAUUAAAGUAUUUAAUUAGAAUGUCUACUAAAGACAUUAAUCACCUUAAAAAAUAAUUAGAUAUUCACCAUAAAGAAUUAUACCUUAUUAAACUUCACCUUAAAGAGUGAGAGUAAUUUCACCAUAAAGAAAAGAACCAUCCUAUUUAUCUGUUAAUUAAUCAUUUUAAUAAUUAAAUGGAAUAUAUAGAACUGCAAGUCCUAUAAAAUAAGGAAAUAUCAAUGGCUCCUAAGCAUCAACUAUUGGAAGCUAUGGAGCAUCAUUAAUAGAAUCUUAUAAAACUUAAUAUACUUUCUAUACUCAAAGAAACAUUAAACCUAAUAUUUAUAUUCCUUAACAUAAAAGUGAAGUUAAAAGAAUGCUAUUUAAAGAGGAUUUGAAUCAAACUUCAUCCAGUUAACCUCCAAUUGAAAUUAUUUUAUGA